AGAUCCCCCACCCCCCACCCCACCCCCAAUGCCCUGUUCCCUCCCUUACCCACACACACACACACACACACUCACACACUCCCUCUCUCUCACACAGAUGCAUGUGUGCACAGCAGUGCACGAGGACAUGCGCGCCACAGCACCUCACACACAUGCGCCUCCCUCCGAACACGUUGACUCUCCCUCUCUCCUCCAGAUGCACGAACACAGCAGCGCAAGUUCAAGCACACACACACACACACACACACACACAAACACAGUAACAGACACCCAUGUAGAGAGACACGGCAUCGUGUGAACGUAGACUGCAAGAUGGGCGAGACGGGACGUCACGCCUGGAAAAAAAAUGGAAGGGGUUAGAGUGGGGGAGAAAGGGAGAGAGAGGGAAAGAGAGGGGGAGAGGGGGAGAGAGGGAGAGGAGGGGAAGGAUGAAAAUGAGGGGAAGGGCUGAGACGGAGCAUGGGGAGGCGGGGACAGAGUGAUAGAGAGUGUUCAGGCAAGAGAAGAAGAAAGAGCGAUAGCUGGAGAUACUGCAUGCUUGCAUAAGUGUCUGCGAAUGUGUGUGUGCGCGCGCGUGUGUGUGUGUGUGUGUGUGUGUGUGUGUGUGUGCGCGGGCAUGCAUGCACGUGUUUGUGUGUGAUGUAUGUAGGUGACACAGAUUUAUGAAAGGACAGGGUCAUAGAUGGAGGCGCUGUUGGUGGUUGUUGGGGGUUGGGGGAAGUGGGGGUGUUGGUACAGCACCAGAUAAUGGAAUCAAUGCAAUUGUCUGUGUGUGUGUGUGUGUGUGUGUGUGUGUGUGUGUGUGUGUGUUUGUGCGCGCGUGUGUGUGUGUGUGGUGUACCUGCCUCAUAGACAUUGCUUGCUCGGACUCUAAUCGCCUGGAGAAUUAGUGAUGUGACUUGGCAGAGGGAAACAGGCACAAAACAGAGCCAGGGACAGCGCCUGAGAGAGGGAUAGAAGAAGAGGAGAGACAAAAAGAGGAGAGCGAGAGAUGGAGGGGUAGCGAGAGGGGAAUAGCUUUUCUGUUCGCCGCUGCGUACAGCGCUCAGAGAAAAAGGAAGACUGAGAAGAUGGGGCAGGAUAGGUUUUAUCAAGCGUUAUUUUCUUUACCACUGGAUUAAUUGAAGCUUUUUUUUUCUCUCUCAGGGGGAAAAUGGAUCAAUAACUCAUCGGUGUGAUCCAGCCCAGAUGUGUCAGAACGCUUCGAGUCGGACUGCAUCAGCAUCGAUAACAAACAACGACCCUCACCCUGACACUCAGCCAGGGUGGCUCAGUGUUCCCUGGCUCUCAGCCCCUCCAUGUGUUUGUGCAUCCCAGGACAGUUGACAUUGAUUGUGCUGGAGACAGACUGAGACACAUUAGUACCCAGCUCGGGCCUGCUGCUGAAAAACACAUUAACUGGCUGCAUUGGGAGCCCUGUCUGGUGCAAACCUAAGAGAAGUAGUUCCAAGCUGAAGGCAGAAGUAUGGAAGAAUUAAGGACGGCUGUGACAGAACAAGGAGAUGGUGUGGGGAAUGCAGGACAGUCCAGUGUAGACAUGUCCAACAGUCCAACUAAAAGAGGAAGGGGGAGGCCGCAAGGUUCAAAGAAGCUGAAGGUUUGUGUAACAGACGUUAACCUAAUGGAGCUGGUUUCAGGCAUUUCCAAUGGUGGGUCCACACAACCACAGAGAGGAAGAGGGCGUCCGAAACUUGCGAGCACAAAACCCACAGUGCAGGAGGGAUCAGAGGACGAUCAUGCUGAUAAUUCUGUGCAGACUCAUAGGGGUAAAGGGAGGCCAAAAGGGUCCAAGAAACAGGCCAGUAAUGGAAACAAUCCUAUGACAGAUCAUUCUCCUAAGAAAAGAGGCAGGCCAAAAAAGUCUCCCAGUAAAAGCCCCCCUGAGAAGGCUAUUUCUGAAGAGUUACCAAAUGGUGGCUCUGCUACACCAAAAAUGGGAAGGGGUCGCCCAAAAGGAUCCACGAAACGCAAGUUAGAAAGUUUAACAAGCGGAGAGGAGGAUGAGGGCAGUUCUGUAAAACCUCGGAAAAGAGGUCGACCAAAGGGCUCUCUCAAUAAGAAACCCAGACUGGAGAGAGAGGUGAGCAGUGAGGGGGAAGCAGAAACCGAGGGAAGCCUAAAUUCACCGAGAAGAGGGAGAGGUCGGCUCAGGAAGAUGGAAGUGAAUUACACCGGGAGGUCGACACAGGAUACAUCGAAUGGCAUCUCUAACACACCGCGGAGAGGAAGGGGAAGGCCAAGAAAAAAUAUUGAACAGAAAAGCAGAGAUCAACAAGAACUGGUCUCAGAUGGCUCCCAGUCAGUUAAGAGAGGAAGAGGUCGACCCAAAGGCUCUUUAAACAAGAAGCCCCCUGCAUAUAAGGUGCAUGGUAAAGUAGGCCGACCGCGGAGAGUACACAUUGCACCUGGAAGAGGGAGGCGCGGUCGACCAAGACAACAACCAGCCAAAAGGGGAAGGCCAAGGAAGUACCCUCUGCCGUCACCCGAGGAGCUGAAAAAGCCAAAAGUAUGGAAGCCGCUUGGGCGACCGAGGAAAUACCCACGUGUCGAUCCUCCGGAGGGGGCUCCGCCAGCCCCCCGCAGAAGCAGAGGACGGCCUCGCAAAUCUGAGUCUAAGAAAGGCGCUCACUUACGCAAGAGUUUGCCCACCACUCCAUCCUCACCGCACAACCCCAAUGAUGGACCCCCGAGAAAAAGGGGCCGCCCCCCAAGUACUGCAAAAACUGAAGAUGUCACGCCCCGGAAAAGGGGGCGCCCUAAAGGUUCAGUCAACAAAAAUAAAGCCAGAAGUGAAUCACAGCUCGACAGCACGCUCGCCAACCAUUCAAAAGAAAAGAGUGAUUCCUCUGCUGUUGGGGUGGAACAUGAAGGAGAGCCAGUGGAGGAAGACGCGCCCACGGAGCACAGCGACCACACUGAAGUGCUCAUCGAACAAGAUGCAGGCUUUGAAGUUAGUAGCCAGGCUUGAUGAACAAUCCCGGUCUGACCAAAAAAGUUGCUGUAGUAGUUGCUGUUUAAACAUAGAAUUACAAUCUUUGUCAAUGAAAACAUAUUUUUAACAUUUUGUCAGUUGGGUAGGCUAGAUAUUCAGCAGCUCCUCUGUUUUACUAACCUGUCCAUCAUGUUUUAUUGUGCUUGAUUAUUUUUAAAAAAUACUUUAUUUCUGUCAUCUGAGUAACAGUAGUACUUAUAAUCUUUUACUAGAACUGGCAUGUAGAGUUUAUUAUUGUAGACUGAUUGUUCCAGUUUUCGUUAUCUUUCAGAUGUAGUGUUUGUCAGUUUUAAUGUGACAGUAAAACAGUUGCUGGGGAAUAACUCGGAGGGGAAAACGUCAAAAUAAAUGUUGGAGAGAUGAGAAGAAAAAACCCAACAAUAACAGUGAAAAUGUAGAGAGUCGAAGUCCUGGCAUCAUAUCUGGGCUACAGCCUCUGUUCCACUAGCUUCUAUAGCUCACUUCCUUUUGUAAAUGUAUUUAUUUCCCCUUGAGUUUAAAUGAGCCAUCAAAAAUAUUAUGUUUGACAGGAAGAGAGAGUAGAGGAAUAUUAAUCAAAGAUAAUGAAAACUAUUUUUUUAACCUAUGUGUGACACAUAUCCAGACAAACUAUGAAAAAGUUUUUUUUAUUUCACUGUGUCUAAACAGGGGCUAUAUCGAUAUUUUUAUAAUAACGUUAUAAUAAUCAUGUACCAAAUGACAAUAUGAAAGAGGUCGCUUGUACUUUAGCUACAGUGAAUUAUGUCCUGAAUCCGUAGCUCCCUUCAGAUUUACGUAGUUUUAUAUAGCGACUUUCAGCUCAUGUUUUAGCAGUCCAAUCUGUAAUUUUACUGUUGUUGUUCACUUUCACAGCUCUCAUUGCAUCGUUUUCAGUUGUUUUUAGCAAAAAAACUAAACCAAACUGACAGACACAUUCAGCAACCAGCUGGUGAACAUAAUGGAGCAUUUAGAGCCAGAUAUCUCCCCGAGGAGUUGGAAGAGAACAAAACCCAGAGCUAAAACAGAUUCAAAGUGAAUGAUGUUGUUCUGUAAUUGAGGGACCUGUAAAUAGUUCACUAUUGUCAACUUAAAAGGCAGGUUUAAGCCGUGAUGGUUUAUAACUUAUGAGAACUUGUUAAGGGCAUCAUCAAACAGAAAUGUCACAACCAUGCAAAUACUGUUGAGUAAGAUCUUAAGUUAUUAACAAAACCCAGAAGUAACGGCCUCACUUCGGCUCUCUAUUGAGUAUCUGUCGGGAAAGGUUUGGGCCUUUGAAAAUAAACGAUGUCAUUGUUUUUAUCGAUGCCAUUUCACAGUUGAUCAUGUUGUCAUAUUUGUUUUGCCUUAAUUGUUCAAAGCUUUGAAUGUACCUUAAGUUUCCAUUACUGUAGAUCAAUGAGUUUUCUUGCACAGAUCAGCCUCUCGACGUUAUUAUUUUUUUAACAUGCAUUCCUUGACUGGAUGAAAAGCUCUUUAUCAAGCGCCUUCCUGCCGCUCAUAGUUGCCCUGAAGAUUUCCUCUUCCACUUGGAGCGUUUACUUUUUUAGUUUCAGCUGUCAUCGCCCUAGUUCUCUAAUGUUUACAUGUAGCUGUGAAACCUUUCUCUCUUUUUUUUUUUAAAUAACUUGAGAGCGUCAUGAGAUUAAAUUCAAGUGAUUGGAUUGAUUUCACAAACAUUAAUUGUUUUUGAGCACCUUGUGUACAAAAGAUUUUGUGUGACAUGACUUGUACAUCAUUAUUACUGAUAUUAACACCUUUAUGGUUGGGUCAAGCAAUUGACAUUUCUAAAUGCCAAAUUGUGCUUCUGUGUGUCCAGUUAUCGUAUGUAAAAUAAUGUGAGGUGAGGAUGGAAAUGCAGGUUUAAGGUUUUAAAAAUCUUAUUGAAAUUCGAUCUGGCUUUGUGAAGUCAAAUCAUUUUAAGUGGACUUAUUUGGAUUAUAUGUGUUUUGAACAAGAAGCCAAUAAUUUGUGAGAUUAUGGUCUUGAAAUAAAAUGUUGAUCUUGCUGUUUUA